CCUUCAUCCAACACAAGAUUCCACUUCAUAGGGAGAUGGUGGGUAUCUCUUCUCUUUCCCUCUCUAUUUUAACUUCCUUUAUGACUGCGCCCCUAUCACCAGCAUCCAGCUCAGGGUGUGGGAGGGGAUCUGUGUGUGCUCAAGUGUGUAUUUGUGCGAGAGACUCAACUCAGGUGGGCAACCAGAAGGAACCCCAGGACAUAUACUUGCAGUAGCAGUCGUCUUCUCUGAGGGGGCCCUGUAAUAACAUGGACUGCGUGUACUGAGGACACAGACCGCACCAUGGUGGCUGAGGAGGUUAUCAUCACCCUAUCCGGAGGAGCACCAUGGGGCUUCCGACUACAGGGAGGAAUCGAGCACCAGAAGCCUCUGCAGGUCGCCAAGGUGCGUAAGCGAAGUAAAGCAUGUCGGGCUGGACUGCGUGAGGGAGAUGAGCUGGUGUCCAUCAAUGAGAAUUCCUGUGGGAGUCUGUCGCACGCCCAGGUCAUGAACCUGAUCGACAACAUGCCAGGAACACUACACAUCCGAGUUAGGAGGGCACCGGCUGGUUUCCAGUCGGUGGUUCUGGUUGCUCGAGCUCCUUCUCCCCGCAUUGAUAAAGAGUACCGUGCUGCCCUUAGGGCCAUGUCACCAUCCAGUUCCCGACCUCAUCAGUCCAGUGUGCGGCAGAUACACCAUGGAUCCCUGAUGUCCCCAACUGGACGCAGUGGACUGACCUCCCCGCCGGGCAGUGAAGCCUACUAUGGAGAAACGGACAGCGAUGCAGAUGUGGCUGCUCAUGAGAGGCAACGCAAACCAAAACGACGCAGUCCCAGCAAUUCACCUGGCAAGGCUACCCGAGCCUCACCAGAGGGAGCAGAGACUUCAGAAAUGAGUGGGUAUGACAGCGCCUCGGAUGCCCAAAUGUACAAUCUUUUGGGGCCUAAUAAGAGGGAAGACACAUUGCCUGGUGUAGCUCGCAGAGAAGUGAUUUACCAGCCCCCUCCCCAUGGAGCCUGGUCCUCACAGACCUCCACCGAGACCUCAUCCAUGAGUGCGGAUGACCAAAACCCACGAGAAGGGCUAAUGGAAGAAGACAGUGGGUUUCAGGAGCCCCCAAAUGUUCCUCUUGUUUCUCCAGAGAGAGCCAAAGAAGCUCUAAUGCUGAGCUCUCGUAGUCAGUUGGUGCCCAUGGUUGGGCCAGUUGACAAUCCAGUGGAUGAGGAGCUCACAUUAACGUACAUGGAUAAAGCAAAACAAGCAAAACUGAAUCGUGGAGAGACGAUCACGGACAAACAGGUGAAAGAAGCUCGGUCCAAAUGCCGCACCAUCGCCUCACUACUGACGGAUGCACCAAACCCUCAUUCAAAGGGUGUUUUGAUGUUUAAAAAGCGCCGGCAACGCUCCAAGAAAUACACACUAACCAGCUUUGGAAGUGUUGAUGAGGACAUGAGGCAAGACUCUCAAGAAGAGGAUGGCAUAUUUCCUGGCAGCGAAUCAGAAUUUGAUGAGGAAGGUUUCUCUGCUGCACCGGACCCCACAUGGGACAGCGACUAUCUUGAGAUGCUAGAGAAAAGAUCUGCUUCCAGAGGUCAGGAAGGAGAGGGUGGUGCUCUUAGUCCUGGUUUGAGUGAUACAUCUGGAAAGGGGGCACAGUUGUUUGAGCAGCAGAGGAGAAGGGCUGAAGAACAUGCAAAGAAAAUGGAAGCUGCGCAAGAACAGUUACAAAGCCAAAUGCUGGGCAUUGCACUCAAAGAGACACAACCACUUCCUCAACUACAGACACUGCAACCUCAACAACAACCAGACUCAUUGACAAAGCCCAAUGUUCAGCCACCACCAGUUGCUCCAAAACCUGCCAGACCUUCAAAACCACUACAUCACGAGGUUCCACCAGCAGAAACACAGAACAUGACACAGAUGAGCACACCUCAGGCCAUCCCUGCUGUCCCUGUUAUGGUUAACAGGGAUACUUCGAGCACAAUGGUGCCAGCCCCCUCUGUGGUGCCCCAAACUAAUCCGUCAGUACCUUCUGCAGAAACAGUGAUGCUUCCACCACCAACUCCUCUACCAGAACUACCUGCCAGCUCUGUGUUAAAUAGAACUGCCCGUCCUUUUGCUCCAGGCUGCGUUACCAAUCGGGCAGCCACAGCUCCUGUCGUGUUUCGCCCUGCAGUCAGUAAGAAGACACCCAGACCUGUUUCAGUGGCUGUGCUGGUACCUUCAUCUUCUACAGCAUCAGAAGAGCAUGCCAUUGGGGUUACCCCUGCCUCCUUUGUGAACCAAGUCACAAUUAAUCAAAUGGGUGAAGAUAUCCCUUCUAAAAUGAUACUCACACAGCCCUUUAUGACUGGAAAGUCUGUUCCUCCACCUGCUUCUGUAUCCGUGGAAUCAUAUUCUCAACCUGCUCUUCACUGCUCCUCAGUGGAAAACAUCCAGGUUGCAUCAGUGCCACCUCCCGAAGUUCAAACCCAAGAACCCACCUUUCUUACAAACAGUGAAACAACUGUUCCUCCUGCAAUCCUUGUUAACAACAUGGUGACCGCUGUGGCUCCUGUUAUGCCUUCUGUUACUCCUCAGACCAUAGAAAUACCAUCUCAACCCUCUUCCACUUUGACCUCUGCAACUUCUGAGACCCCUUCAAGCUCUGUACCUUCGCUGUCACCAAUAGUCUAUCGUGAUAAAACCUCUUCCACCGGUGGCCGCACUGGUAUUCUCCAAGAGGCCAGACGCCGUAGUGCAUAUAAGCCAAUGUUUAACAUACCUGACAGCAAGAAGAACUCACCAAACCCUGAACUAUUAUCUAUGGUGCAGAACCUAGAUGAAAGACCCAGGUGUGUAUAUUCUGAACCUGAAAAUAUUACCCACAACAUUGAUGACAACAGAACAAGGGUUCCACCACCUGUGGCUCCUAAGCCACGGGUCAUCCCAGAAAUGUCACAGAUCCCCCAGGCAGAGGGAAAAGGUGCAGAGCUGUUUGCUCGUAGACAGAGUCGCAUGGAUUUAUUUGUUGUAGACUCUCCACAUCUGCAGCCUGCACCUCUACAACCCCAACAAUCCCAAUCAGUCAUAGACUUGAUCCAAACACGGGAACCCUCGCCAACUCCAUCCCAAUGGAAGUAUUCCCCUAAUGUUCGUGCCCCUCCACCAAUAGGUUACAACCCCUUGCUGUCUCCUUCCUGUCCUGUUGGGCUGCAGCGUGGAGGUACUAAGGUGUCUGAGGGAAGUUCCAAAGGAAGUAAGGGUGGUUAUGGUGUCCCAAAAGAGGGUAUCAAGGCCUUGGACUUCAUGAGGCGGCAGCCUUACCAACUGAACUCUGCAAUGUUCAGUUUUGGUGGCGGCAUUGCCACGCAGUCUUCAAUUCCUUCCUACCAGAGGCAACAGAGGGAUGGCCACACUCUGACACCACCCAAGCAGAUCCCAGUAAAGGCAGCACGUGUGUAUGAAAUCAAACGUUUUUCCACUCCAACCCCAAUGUCGGCACCCACUCUCAACCCCACAGUGAUUGUACCACGCUCGCAGACCACGCUUGGGGAGCACAUCUCUCAUUCUGAUAUGACGUCCCUUCCACCUGAACCUGUGCCCGAAUCAACUCCAGCACCUUCACGGGCCCCAGGCCUCCCAGACCUCCCCAAAAUUUCAUCUGUGCCCAUCCCUCACCCCAUGCCGUACUCACCUCCAGCUCCCAUGUCAAGUAUGUCAAGCCUAAGCUACUCUGGGCUCCAAGCUACCAAACAAUUUAAGAGUGCCCCUGAGUUAAGUGCCCUACCACCAAACCCAUUAAAGUCUCCAAUUCAAGUUCCCAAACCUCGCUUUAUUGCAACAAGAGUGGGUAUUCAGCCCCGGGUCUGGAGGCCUGGAACCCUACCUCAGUGACAGUAUUAAUUUAUAUUUGGAAGAAGCUAAACCAUCUGCUUCUGUUCCAGGUUCAAAAUUCAUACUUUUCAAAUAUGAUCAAUGUGUUAACAUCUGUUUAAUAUAACUUGAAGAAACAAAGAAAUUACAUUCAUCAUUUCAUUUGAGUAUAUUAACUUGUGCUUUGGAUCACUGGUGUUUUGUUUUGAGAGUGUUUUUCAAAACGUAACUGAAAAAUCCAGAAUUUCUGCAAAAUGUUCAUCAAUAUGUUUUGAUACCUCCAAUGUUAAAAAUUUUUAAUCAAAAUUGAACCUACAUGCAUGCAUUUCUCAAUGCAUGUUCCUGGUCUUACUGUGAACAAUUUAUUUAUGUUAUUCAAAGAAAACUAUUAUUUGGCUUUAUAAACUUCAAUCGAAGUAUAACUUGCUCUUCCUUUGAAAUGACUCUGCUGAUGUCUCUCAGACUGUGUGGGCAAAUUGGAUAUUAACCAAUAGCCAAAUAGCUACUAGGCAUUGUUUUAGCAAACUCACAUUCGGUCUGACUCCCUAGUGGUAUGCAAUGCCCACUUUUCUUUUUAUUUUGAGAUAUUUUGAGAUAGUAUAUUCAAAAUUCAUUUCUUAUUUAAGACAUGGGUAAGGUUUUUGACUUUUGGCACCUUUUACAUACAAAAGUGUCAUUUCUUUGCUAAACCUUGAUCUACUUGACAUUUUUAAGAAUGGAAAAAAUACCUAAGAAAAGGAGGCAAGCUGAAUGAUCUUAGGUCAGUCAGAAAUGAUAUCUCUCCUGGCAGAGUCUAAACUGAACAGGUGCAUGAGGGUCACAGCCUAUUUGUAGGAACAAAGUAAACAGGGAACCAGGCUGGUUCUUUAAAAUGUGCUCUGGCUGGAUGUGUGGUCUUCAUAUCCCAGUACCGAUAUAUUAAAUGGAUGACUAAUGAAAAUCUCGUGUUUUCAUUUUUUUUUUUUUUUUUAGAAUCGUAUUCAAGUGGUCAAAUCAGUAAGUGUUGGAAAGGUACAGCGUUGGAAAGAGUCCUAGAGACAGACAUGUAGGCUAUUUGAGCACUGAAGCAAAUCUGACGCAUGAAGACAGGCGUAAAAAGUGCAAAGCUGUCCAGGAUUAUCAGAAGGUUUAUUAGCCAACUGGCUUUACUAGAAUUAGUCAGAAUACUUAACGUGACAUAUUUGAAUGGCAUUCGUGGCAGUAAGGCUGAUAAUUGUGGUUGUUUUUGAAUGUGUUCCUUAAAAAUAUUGCAAUGUCUUUAAAGAAAAAAUCUGAGGCCUUGUAACAUUAAAGGAACAGUGGAUUAAGGUUAAAAGAAAGGAAAUCAGUUUAUAUUAAUGUGUGUUAGAUAUACAGAGAGGAUGAAUAAAUAAUGAUUGCAGUACUGGCAGGUGAGAAUAUUUCGUUAUUAAAAUGUCUCCUUUUUUAAAAUUACAUUUUGAAAUUGAAAAGAAGUUGACAAAAACAGAGCAUAUUUACCCCUGGUUUCACAGACAAGGUUUAAGCCUAGUCCAGACUAAAAUGCAUGUUUGAGGUGUUUUAACUGAAAGCAACUUGCACAGACAUAUUAUAAAAUAUGUCAGUGCCAUUAUUUUUUCUCAAGAUGCACACCAGUUUUUCUUUCUAAGGCACAUUUAUAAAAGCUGCUUAAAUGUCCUAAUUGAACUAAGGCAUAAUCCUGGCUUAAUCUAAACCCAGUCUGUGAAACCAGGCCAUGGUGUUUCAAAUCUGAGCCACAAUUUUGUUUGUCUUUCCAGUUUGUUUAUCAUGUUUUAUUUUAUAGACUAAAGUUUUACAUUGUUCAGUUUUCUUAAUUUUGGCUGUUGUACAAAUCAUUAGAUCAUUGUGUCCUUCUUUGCAAAAUCUACAUUGUGGUUAGUGUCUCUGUGGUGAUUUUGUUUUUGAAGUGCUUAUAAUGAGCUCAGCUGAACUUUAGGACAUAAGAGAUUCUAACUGAAACUGUCAUAUAGGCUAUUUCUUAAUACAAUCAAUAGUUUGAAUAAAACAUACCUGAAAUUUC